UCCUAUGGCGUCUCCCCUGACCAGAAAGAGUGUGGUACACGAUCCUGUGAUUGUCUGUGUUACAAGGACACCUUUUACAACUAUUGUUUGGAUAUGUACCCAUUAUUAAGUGACGCAGCCCCAACAUGCAGCCCUCAGCCCCCAGACCUAGUAACCGAGGGCCUAUCGGACGCAGACCGGAUAGGAAGUCUUGACAUCUGUUUUGAUGCUCACUGCUCUGAAAGGCCAACAAAAGAAGGAUGUCACAACGUGUCCGGCUGUAGAUGGUGUUAUCUGGACCAUUACAACAAUGAUCUUAUCAAACCGUUUUGUGGAUCCGUUUACACAUGUCAACAUGGAGCUCUAGCAACUGGAGAUCCGACUUGUUCUGGUGAUUCCUGUAAUGAUGGUGGUGACGGUGGUGGUGGUGGUGGUGCUAUAGCUGGUGCCGUCAUCGCUGUCUUAGUCGCAGUAGGUGUUGUAAUGGGAGUGGUGAUAUGGAAAAGGAGACAAGCUAAAGCGUGUAGCAGGGAGGAUCCUAGCCAAAGAAAUGGUGUUGAUAACCCGGCAGCUCCACACUCGUCAUUUCCGUCUGUCAGUCAGUCACAGCCAAUGUCAACAUUUGCAUCAUGGGAUCCAUCACCGUCUGCGCCGCCCCCUGAUAAUCCUCCGGCAUACGAAGAAUUGCACGGGGGUGUUGGAAAUCCGGCAGCUUAUCAGUCCUAUCCAACCAAAGGUCCACUAUAAUCACUAAAGAAGCUCUGUCUAUCAACAAACACUUGGGGAUGUCCAGAUCAAUAAUAUUACGAAUAGAUACUGUUUUCUUAAAGUAUAUUAUUCUUACACUAGCUUGGACAAUGACUGGUGUCAGUGACACCUGAUUUAGAUGCCUUUUAUCAUGCGAUGUGGUAGACAUCGAGAUCUGCUGCACCUUUAACGGAUAUUAUGGACAUAACAUGAUUCUCUAUUGACAAAUAUAGGUGUUUUUGUGUGUUAUACGAAUGUUACGUAAGUUUCAACUACAAAAGUCGGGUGUUAUUGAACUCCCAAGGUAUAAAAUAAUUAAUACAACCUUUGAAUAACAACGAGUUUAUAGCACAAGUGGAAUAAAAUCUAAAUGCGUAUUGAUUGGUUGACACGGUGACAUGUGAUCUAGACUAUUUUUUAAUCAGUUUGCUCAAUUCGUUUUGAUUGGCUGACAUGUGAAGGCCGCUUCACGAGGUCGCGGAAUGAUGACACAAGAAAUAAUUUGCAAUUGUUUUUGUGAUAAUUUAGAGAGAGAGGCAAAUAUUCUGCGUGAAGCAAAUAUUCUGCGUUUCUUUGUUAUAAAUGUUCAAGAGUAAAUUAUGUAUAUAUGUUAAAGUAUUCAUGUACAUUGUGUGAAUCAUAUUUGUGAUAUGGUUAUUAUACAUAUUAAGCACUAUAAUGUCCAGAGCAUAAUUAAUUAAUCACGUGUAAGUUUUUAUUUGGUGAUAUUACAAUCAACAAUUGUGUAUCCGUGUUCUAAUGUGUCGGUUAGAGUUAUAUAAUAUAUAGGCCUGCGUUGCAGACGUGUCUGUGUGAACAAUUGUACUGUCUAUCUAUUUUCAUAUAUCUAUAAGAUAUAUUAACAUAACCAAGAUAUGUAUCAGGGGUUAAAAUCCCAUGUGAUACAGAAGAAAAUAACAUCCCUGGAAUGCUACUUAAAAAAUGAUUGAUUUUGAAAAAGCCUUUGAUUCGGUCGCAUGGAAAUUUAUAGAUGAAGUUCUCAGAUAUUUUAGAUUUGGAAAUGAUAUACGAAAUUGGAUUAAAGUUUUACAUUGUAAUUGUAGUUCUGCCAUAAACCAGGGGGGUAAUUUGUCUCCUUUUUUCAGUAUUAACCGCGGUUGCCGCCAAGGUGACCCAAUCGCCCCGUAUAUCUUCAUCUUAUGUGCUGAAGUGUUAGCAAUACGCCUCAGAAAUAAUAAAAAUAUUAGUGGUAUAAAUGUUGACGGCUGUCCUAUUCUGAACUCGCAGUACGCCGACGACACUUCUUUAAUCUUAGAUGGCUCUGAAAAAUCCUUAAAAGAAUCACUCAUAGAAUUAGAUAUAUAUGCUAAAAUAUCAGGGCUGAAAGUAAAUGCUAGUAAAACUGAGGUGGUCUGGAUUGGCAGCAAAAAGUUCAGUAGUGACAUUCUCUUACCAGAUAGAAAUCUUAGAUGGGGGGGUAAGCAAUUUCUCACUUUUAGGAAUUGAUUUUCAUGUAGAUCUCCACAAAAUGCCCAAGAUGAACUUCGAUAAAAAGUUAGUUAAGAUCAAAACUCUUCUUAAGACUUGGAGCAAACGGUUGUUAACACCUAUUGGCAGAAUAAGUAUACUUAAAUCUCUGUUAGUAUCCCAAAUGAAUCAUCUUUUUACUGCAUUACCCAAUCCCAGUGAAACCUUUAUUAAACAACUUAAUUCUCUUUUUUUUUAAAUUUUUUUAUGGAAUGGGAAAACUGAUAAGAUUAAGCGAGAUGUUAUUGUUCGUAAUUAUAUAGAAGGUGGACUUAAAAUGAUAAAUCUAAAUUCAUUUAUCGAGUCACUCAAGAUAACCUGGAUUCGAAGAAUUUUCAGAGCUGAAGGAAAGUGGUAAAAUAUUUUGAAUUCUUAUGUUAAUGUACAUAUUUUAGCUAACACAGGUAAUGAGUAUUUAAAUCAUAUCAUAAGUUCUUGUAAAAAUAUAUUUUGGAAGGAUGUGUUUCAUUCUUGGUACAAAUUAAGGUGCAAGGAAGAUUUACAUGUACUAAGACAUAAAGGUGAAUCUUUGGGUAAAAUUCCUUUAUGGUAUAAUUCAAAUAUUACUGUUGGCAAUGAAGUUGUUUUUUAUCAGAGAUGGUUUAAUAAAGGAGUUAUGGUAAUCAAUGACUUACUGAAAAACAAAAAUGAUUGUACUUUUUUAACUUUCAAUGAAUUCACCACUUUACAUGGCACAAUUACCAAUUACCUCGAUUAUUAUGGUCUAAUAGCUAGUAUCAAGAAUUAUCUGAAAAAGUUCACAUGGUCAGGAGAUGCUAGUAUGUAUCCCUUCAUUCCUUUAUGUCUUGACAUUGUGUUGAAGAAAGUCAAAGGUUCUCAAGAUUUUUAUAAUAUGCUUAAUACAAAUAGUGCAUCUAUAACUGCACAAAACAAGUGGGGAAAUACUUUUGACUACAAUCAGAAGGCUUGGGAAAAAAAUUAUCUAAUUGCAUUCAGAGUUACAGAAAACACAAAAUUACAAUGGCUGCAGUUUAGCAUAAAUCAUAUUCUAGCUACUAAUUCAUAUUUAUAUAAAAUUGGACUUACAAAUAAUCCAUUUUGUGUUUUUUGUAAUUUGGAAAGGGAGACAAUUUCACAUAUUUUUUGGGAGUGUAAUGAAGUCCAGAAUUUUUUAGCAAAUUUUGAAAACCUUUUAUUAGCAGUUUCUAUUCCAUUUUCAUUAAAUAAAGAAAUGAUUCUUUUUGGUGCUUUCUAGCACAAUGGAAUCUAUAAUAGAAUUGACAACGAGAUAAUUCUUUUCAUUAAGCAUUAUAUAUAUAAAGCCAGGUGUUUGCACAAGUCUCUAAUAGUCUCAUCACUAAUUAACCAUGUUAAAGAUUACUAUAAUGUGCAGAAUUUUAUUGCUGUGGGCAAAGAAGAGAAAGUUUUUAAUAAAUUUACUUUUGAGUGGAAUAAAUGGAAAAAUUUGAUAGAACUUGACCUUUCUUAACCUAUAAUUAGACUAGGUAUACUUGUCGUAAUAUAAAUAAUGUUGAUCUUAUAUAGACCUUUAUCUCAUACAUUGUGGUAAUAUGAAAUUAUGUGUUUACAGUGGUUUAAAUGAUCAUGUUUUUAGUGUUUAAGUCUGACCCUUCCCUUUCCCUCUCUCUUGCUUUCUUUUUCUAAAUGUAAACUUUCUUCUUUUUCUAUUUCGUUACAUUUCUUGUUUUAUCUUUCUUUUCUCUCACUGUGCUUGGGUUCUAACGAGCUUAAAACAUACUCAACAAUCAUAAAAUUUAGAUUUGGAAUUUUGACUGAUUAUUUUCAAGUAUUUUUAAGAAUAAGCCUACCAUGUGCAUAUAUUGUAACUAUACAGAGAAAAAUAUAUAUGAAAUGGCGAUUUCUAAAUAGUAAUUAAAAAUUAGUGUAAGAAUGAUUGGAUAUCUUUUAUUGAUAUUCAUUGAUUAUCUUGUAUCAAAAAGUAUAAUUUGGAAAAAACCAAUAGAAUAUUAAGCGUGUGCGGGAAAAGAAAGAAAAAAAAAACGAUGUGUAUUUUAUACAUGUAAAAAUUUUGAAAAAUUAAAAAUUAAAAAAAAAAAAAAAAAAAUCCCAUGUGAUAUUCGUUUAAUCAGAGAAUAAAAUCAAAUGUGGUACCCGGUUUAUCAGGGAAUAAAAUCCUAUGUAAUAACCGGUUUAUCAGGGAAUGAAAUCCUAUGUGAUACCCGGUUUAUCAGGGAAUGUCAUCCUAUGAUGUAUAUACUAUUAUGUUUCCACCCAGGCGCCAGCGUCAGAGUUUGUUUCUUAAUAUCAAAUGUUUGGUGUGUUGAAAGGCAUCAGUUAACCGCUUUAUACUUGUACUAGGGUUCUAAUACUUUGCUUCAUGGUUUUUUGGAGGUUAACUAUUGCUAUCAGGAGUCAUAUGUAUUUCAUAAUAAUGAUAAUUUCAAUGUUUUUUACAGUGCAAAACCUAAUUGAAACUCUCUAAUUUACCUAUUGAUAAUGCAAUAUUGUUUUCUUAAAGGGACAUAAUGGUUAGAUUUUCACUUAAAUAAUAUGUAAAAAAGGGUAUACGAUUUAAAAUGAUGUAAAAAGUUAUGCACUUUAUGUUAAUUAUAUAUUUCAAAAGUGUCCAUAACAAUUUGUUUAAAUUUAAUAAAAAAAAUAUAUGAUCAACCUAGUAGCUAUUUCAUAUUAUUAUUUUUCGAUGUGUGUAAACAAAUACCUAUGCGUACCUAUGCGCAUGCGCGAUGCGGGAAAUAUUGUAAACACCAUAGCAAAGAUAGCGAACACCCGAUCUAAGUGGAAGGGUUCUGAAUCAGUUUUAACCGAGAGCACGAAGAAACGAAGAAUCGAGAACAUGAUUUUAACCUCACAAAGACGGGCACUUAUCUUAGAGAGAAUGUCAAAAUUUCACAUGUUUCUUUUGAGGGUUAUUACGUACUUUUAUCUGUUUGAGCUCUCAAUCAACAAUAACGAAUAACGAUUGAUGUUCCUAGAGACCGUACACAUAAGCCAUCCGAUUGCAAAAUAAUCACAAGUUCUACAUACACGUGACAAAUGUUUACACUUACCUCGAUUCCAUUUUCGUUGCGUGAAAGCGAGGAUACUGAAAUCAUGUGACGCACUCGGCUCUCUCCGAUAUAAACAGCAAAUGGCGACAGAUACAACUUCCAGUGUUGUUCAGCGAUAUUUUGAAGUUGAUAAACAUUGCCAAUAUUUCACAAAAAGUGCCAUAAUUUUGUAAAGAAUCUAAUUUCAAGUAUCACAACGCUUUCCGGAAAUCAAAUGCAUGAAGAAACUAUUGAAAUCUAAUCAUUAUCCUUUAAACUAUCGGUAUACAUAUAUUGUAAUAUAGACUUCAGUUUUUUUUAACUCGCCACCUAAUUCUAGUGUAAGGUAAAGUCAUAUACAAUCCUAAGCGAACAUUGUAACGAUAACUAUACUCUUGUCAGAGUGGGUGAUAUGUUUUAAUUAGAUUAAUGUUGCAAGAAUUUGAAAUCUGUUCUUAAAAUCUACGCUAUAAACGACAGAUUUUUGUGAUUAACAUAUUUCCGUGUAUCUAUCAUGGUCUUUGUAUGCCUUUACUUGAGAUUUGGGCACAUUUACUAUCAAAUAUCAUGGUAUUGUAACUCAUAUUUUUAUACUUACAUUUAUAUCUAAUAUCUAUAAUAAUCAUUUCAUUUGUAUACUGAGUGUUGAAAUAUGACUUUCUUAUUGAUGAAAUAUGGAUGAAGCGUGAAUCAAAUUCAGUGCCCAGAAGAUUAUGUUGAAACUCUGUUAACAUGUAUAUGAAGUGUCAUUAAAUGGACACUGAUUAA